AUGGGCCCCUGUACCGCCUCCUCAUGCUGCUGCCAGGCCCGUAAUCUGCCAUGGGCCCCCGUACCGACUCCUCAUGCUGCUGCCAGGCCCGUAAUCUGUCAUGGGCCCCUGUACCGCCUCCUCAUGCUGCUGCCAGGUCCAGAGUGUGUCAUGGGUCCCUGUACGGCCUCCCAUUGCUGCUGUCUCCAUCGCCACACUCUGCCAUGUGCCACUUUCAGGUCUCCUCACACUGCUGGUGGGUUCCAUUUUGUCAUAGGGUGCUGUAUGGCCUCCCAUUGCUGCUGCCAUGCCUCCACCGCCACACUGUGGCUCCACACUCUGGUUUUGGCCCCGUGACUGCCCAAAUGAGUGAAGUGUGCGGUGAUUCUAAGAUCGACGGCACUCAUCUGCAUGUCAUACUGACUGACAGUAUUAUUUCUCUUCCCCAGCAGACUCCAAGGGCAUUUAAAUUAAAGGUACAGUGUUCUGCACUAAUAUAA